UUAUUCGAUGAAGCACAAGAGUCACCCGCCGGAAAUGUGAGCACUGGAGUUGCAAGUUUCUGCUAUUUUUUUCCUCUUUAUCGUCCUCAUUUUGCGGUUACAGAGGAACGAAAUGGACGACCAAAGCUGUCCGAGAUGCAAAACAACCAAAUACAGGAACCCUUCGCUCAAGCUGAUGGUGAACGUGUGUGGACACACGCUAUGCGAGAACUGCGUGGAGAUGCUCUUCGUCCGCGGCUCCAGCAACUGCGUGCAGUGCGACACGCCCCUGAGGAAGAGCAACUUCCGCGUGCAGCUCUUCGAGGACCCCACGGUCGACAAGGAGGUGGAGAUUCGCAAGAAGGUGCUGAAGAUACUGCAGCUGGGCUGCAUCAUUCGAGUCGGCCGUGAUGGACAGACUCAAGCGCUUUCAUUGCGGUUUGUGUCUCCUGCCUGUGCAGUGUUUAACCUUACAAACAAUGUUGAUGUGGAGGACACCAAGCUGAGGAUGGAGCAGUACCAGCGAGAGAACAGAGAGAUCAUCCAGAAGAAUAAAGCCAAGCUCACCCGAGAGCAGGAGGAACUGGAGGAGCUGCUCCUGCUGGAGCAGCAGGGCAAUGAGCAGCGGAGACUGGAUGUGCUGCAGGAGGAGCAGAGGCAACUGCUGGCCAAAAAGAAGAACAAGCAGGCUCUGCUGGAUGAACUGGAAAAAUCUCAGCUUCCUGCUUACCUCUUGCUUGCCAAACACAAGGCCCGCGUUUCCCAGCUGGAGACGGAGAUCGAGCAGCAGAAACACGCAGUCAAAGCCACCAAUCACUUUUCAACAGGAAUCCAGAUGGUGAGUGGGACACUUUUUCUGUGUUUUACUUUUAUUGAACAACAUUUCAGAUUAAAUCUCGCGUUGGACCAAAAAGCUCGGGGAGGUUGUUCCUCCUUAUUUCGGCUUCACCUUCGCCGUAAGAAAAAGGUCCUGACUCCGUUUGUCAUGUCAUCACAUUGCUCUGAGCUUGAACCGGGGCCCUGAGAGAGAGAGAGACGGUAUGACUCCGGACCCUCUUAAGCUUUCCAUGCCUGCAGAGACCUUCCAUUUCAUAUUGCUGCUAUUCUAGUUUCCAGUCAUUUGUUUUCAUUUUACUGCGAUGAGACACGCUGUGUCAUCACCUGAACCCCUCCCCAACAACCCUCAUGAGGAGUGCUUCCAUUCCCACAGUUCAGUGAUGCAUUGGAGAAAUAUCCGCGAGGUCGUCACCUGUAAACUCCUGCCAAAUCCUCUCUUGCCUCAAGUUCUCCUUUCCAUGAUUGACUCUUCAACCAUGGUUGUUCUUCAUCAUCAAGAUCAAAAAGUGCCCAAGGGUUGCACUUUCUUUUUCUACCGCCGCAAAAUUAAACUUGCUGAUGGCGAGAGAAACGGCGAUCUUACGCCGCUCUUGGUUUCUUCUGCGGUUGCAACCCCCCACCCCUUCAUUUAUUUUCACUCUACCGUCCCUAAGCCCUCCACAUACAUAUGCUCCGCUCAGCUGCAAGUCGGGAGAACAUGUGGGUUUGAAUUUUCCUUCACCUCGGAGUCCAAAAGCAUGACUUGUGUUUGACUUGGUGAAAUUUCAGCACAGACUGGCAAAUUCUUGCAGCUUGCUGGAAUUCAUUUAGCUGCUAGGUUGCGGUCCCUUGUUCCAAGAUGAGUUUGAGUUGGAGGAAACUCAUCAGCAAAGCCCGUCUGUCAUGAAAGCACUCAGAGUGAUGCCAAUUAGUGCUUGGAAAUAUAAACUCUUUGGCAUAAGUAACCAUAGGACACCUGGUCAUUACACCCCUAUGAAUUAAAUGUGGUACAAAUUCUAGUUAGCGAGAU